AUGCCCCCGCGAAUAAACCUCCCGCCGGUGACGCGCAUCGUGCUGAUUGUGCUCGGCCUGCAGUCAGUACUGAGCGCCGCCAUCCGCUAUCGCCAGUGGACCGCUCACUCCGAUAUCGUCAUCCCCUAUCUCAACCUGAUCCCCCAGCUCUCGCUCAGCUACCCCUGGACCUUCCUGACAACGACCUUCGUCGAGAGCAACAUCUUCACCCUAUCUAUCGCCUGCCUCACCCUCUACCAUGGCGGCCGUUACCUGGAACGCGCCUGGUCAUCUCGCGAGUUCGCCAAGUUCCUCGUCAUCGCUUCGCUGAUCCCCAACGCCCUGUGCUUCGCUACCUCCAUCUUCUUCUUUGCCCUGACCCGCAACGAGCAAUGGACUCUCCUGGUCAUUGCUGGCACCAUCCCUCUUCAAAUCUCUUUCCUCGUCGCCUUUAGCCAGCUCCUCCCAGCUCACACCGUGACGCUCUUCCGGGGCCUGCUCUCCCUGCGCGUGCCACGUUUCCCGCUGCUCUACAUCGGCGUUGUAACGCUACUUUGCAUGACCCCCAUGCUCUCAAUUGCUUCCUUCUUCCUCGCCAUCUACGGUUUCUUCGUGAGCUGGACCUACCUGCGCUUCUACAAGGUCGCCUUCCCAGACCUGGACACUUCCCAGCCAAGCUCUCUCCGCGGCGACGCCAGCGAAACCUUUGCCAUCGCCGAGUUCUUUCCGGGCCCGGUGCGUCCCAUCGUCGCGACCAUCUCGACCCACGUCUUCAACCUCUUGGUCGCUAUGCGCAUCUGCGUGCCCUUCAGCGCCGCUGACAUUGCUGCCGCCCGCGGCGACCACCGUUUCGGCCACCGAGCCACUCCCGGUAGUGUCCGCGCCGAGGCUGAGCGCCGUCGUGCCCUUGCUUUGCGCGCCCUCGACCAACGCCUGCAUGCCGCCACUGCCAACGCCGCCGCUCGUGCUCAGAGCGCUCCCGUGCCCCAUGCCGUUUCCCCUCCUGUGCCGACCGCCGCCGGACCGACCGUCCACAGCCAACCACAGCCGGUUACGCAACCCAUGACUACGCAGGCGGCUGGGAAUGCGACCCUGCUGGGUCAGACGAAUUAUAACCCUGACGACCGCUCGUAA